GAUCGUGAAGAUAUGAGUAUUUUCUGUAAUGGAAAGAUGGUCAAUUUGACUAUUUAUAGACCUCCAUGUAGUCAUAACGAUACUCUUCCUGCUCUUAUCUAUUUGCAUGGUGGUGGAUGGAUUUUAGAGGUUGAUGAAGCUUACGAUUACAUCUGUCCCAAGAUCGCUGUUGAAGCUGGCUGUGCAGUUUUCUAUGUUCAUUACUCUUUGGCUCCUGAAGGUCCUUUCCCUACUGCUGUCGAGGAAUGCUACUCUACCUAUGCUUGGCUUGCGAACCCCGCCAACGCCUUCCUCAAAGUGGAUCCUGCGCGUAUUGCUGUUGCUGGUGACUCAGCUGGUGGUAACUUGGCGAUUGCUCUUUGCUUGCUCGCUCAACAACGUGAAUUAGAACACAAGCCCAAAUUCCAAGCUUUGUUUUACCCUGUCACCAAUGAUCAACUCAAUACAUCUUCUUAUUUCGAAUUCUCUAAGGAAUAUCCACUCAAUCGCAGAUUAAUGGAAUGGUUCUGGGAUCUCUACGUCCCAGGCAAAGACAACGAGGAACGUAAGAAUCCUUUAGCUUGUCCUCUUAAAGCUACGAAGGAACAACUUCAAACACUACCCCCUACUCUCUUGGUCACAGCAGAAGCUGAUGUACUUAGAGAUGAGGGCGAGGAGUUUGCUCGCAAGUUAUUGGACGCAGGCGUCAAGGUGAACUGCAUGCGCGUGCUGGGUACUUUGCAUGGAUUUGUGAGCUCUGCA